AUGGUGCAGGUAAUUCAGAUCCACUACUUGGCCACACAAUUGGCAGGCGACCUGAGUACCUACGACUUGGGCAGGACAGCAACCAUACAAGUUAGAACGAAGGAGACAAUCGACUCCAAGAUCUCAAGGCUCGCUGUGAUUUUACUACGAGGUUUGUAG